AUGGCUGAACAUUGUCCAACUCCACACAACGGUGCUAAAUACGGAGAGAUUGCUGAAACCGUCCUUAUGGCUGGUGACCCAUUAAGAGUAAAACUUCUUGCAGAUACUUAUUUAACUGAUGUUGUUCAAUACAAUAGUGUUAGAGGAGCAGUAGGAUAUACUGGAUAUUAUAAAGGAGUGAAAUUAUCAGUUCAAGCACAUGGUAUGGGUAUGCCAUCUAUUGGAAUUUAUGCUUAUGAAUUAUUUAAUUUCUAUGGAGUAAAAAGAAUUAUUAGAAUUGGUUCUGCUGGAGCUUUUGAUGAAAGUUUAAAACUUGGAGAUAUUGUUAUUGGAAUGGGAGCAUGUUAUGAUUCCAAUUUUGAAAGACAAUAUGAUAUUCCAGGUAAAUAUUCAUGUAUUGCUGAUUUCCAACUUUGCAGAGAAGCAGUUGAUGCAGCUGAAAAACUUGGAUAUAGAUAUAAAGUAGGAAAUAUUUAUUCUGCUGAUUAUUUCUAUGAUGACGGAGAUCAUUCUGGAGCAUGGAAAAAGAUGGGAGUACUUGCAGUAGAAAUGGAAGCAGCUGCUCUUUAUAUGAUUGCAGCACGAGCACGUAAACAAGCACUUUGUAUGUUAACUAUUUCAGAUCUUUGUUAUGGAAGUGGUGAAAAAAUGACAGCAGAAGAAAGAAGAACUAAAUUUACACAAAUGAUGGAAGUUGCACUUUCACUUGCUAAAUAA